AAUAUAUUCUCCGCUUUACUCGAUUACUAUAUUUGGAUUUUUCAAGCUUUUUGAUUGAUCUAAAAUGGCGGAAACAGUGGGACGAAGCAUUGCUGCACCAUUGCUGUUCCUGAACCUUGUUAUGUACUUUAUCACCUUAGGAUUUGCUAGUUGGUGUCUUAACAGGUUCAUCAAUGGCCAGUCCUACCAUCCUAGUUUUGGAGGAAAUGGAGCAACAGAGUUCUUCUUGGAGUUUGCCAUUCUAGCUUCUGUUCUUGGAAUAGUCUCGAAAUUCGCAGGUGGCAACCACCUUAGGGUAUGGAGGAACGACAGCCUUGCCGCCGCUGGAUCGUCUUCUCUGGUUGCGUGGGCCGUCACUGCUCUUGCUUUCGGGUUGGCAUGCAAGGAGAUAAACGUAGGAGGACACAGAGGGUGGAGGUUAAAGAUGGUGGAAGCAUUCAUUAUAAUCUUGGCAUUCACGGAGCUGUUGUAUGUAAUGUUGCUGCAUGCCGGUUUGUACAGCAGCAGGUACGGACCAGGCUACCGUGACGGCGACUAUGGAGUUGGAGGACAUCAUGCGGAAGAAGGUGUCAUGAAAGGGACCAGAGUUUGAUCGUCGUUGAAUAUGUGUAUAUGUAUGCAUGAAGGUAUAGAUAUAUGGUAGUAUAAAUAUAAAGGAAGGUAGAUUUAAUUAAUAUCAAGAUGUUAAUUUGGUGUAAUGGUAUAUGUAGUAGAGACUGGGAUUAAUUAACCAAAUCUUAAUCGGGUCUUACUGUGUUUUAAUAGUCUAGCCACUUUACUCAUGGGUUCGAUCAGAACAUCUGUUUCACAAAGAUCGGCUUGUUAGCGGUAUCGUUUUGUUUGGAUUUAGAAUACUUGAUUCAAUAAUGUAGUAAUAUAAUAUAAGUACUUAAUAUAAGAGUAACCCUCUUUUA